AGUGUGUUUUUGUGUUAGUACAAUCUGCAGAAAGAGAUAUUCUGGAUUUUGGUCACUGUUGUUAUGUAACCUAAAAUUUGUAUUUUAUUUUCCUGCACUUAAAGGCAUACAGUAAAUUACGGUUAAAUUAUCAUUUAGUGAAUCUUCUGGCAUCAAUUACGAAUAUCUACUGGUUGCUGAGAUUUGCAUGAACAGUUAAUGCAAAUGUACUAUGACAUUCUAGGCUGAUCAGUAUUUUUUUUAAGUUGGCCCAUAUCUAAAAAUGGGUUUGGGGUGUAAAAUUUGUAAAUUUGAAACCAAAACACAAAUAGCGUUGCUAAAACAUUACAGGCUAUACCAUGGUCAUGGUGGGCAACCAGUGCCAUGCCUUUAUCAAGACUGUUUUUGUUCUUUCAGAACAUGGGGUAGCCUUAGAUCACAUUUAUCAAGACAUCACUCUAAGGGAACUCAGGAAAGAUUCAGAUCUGCAGAAAGUAUCUCUUUUACUUGCCCUUGUUGCAAUGCCAAGACAAUCUCCACAGAAAGAGAAUUAUUUGAACACCUGGAAGCCGAAAACAUACUCCUCACUCAUUGACGGACUUCAAGGAAGACAUAAUAAAAAGAUAAAUGAAGAAUUCAAAAGAAUAACCACUGUAAGUCUUGAAGCCACCUUUAUGGCCAAACUUGACAAGUGUACCCCAAAACUGAUGGACCUGGCCUCAUCAAAGGGAGGAGCUAAAGCAGAAAGAAUCAGAAAGAUCAGGGACAUGCUUCUCGAGCACAAUACAAUUGAAGUACGGAGAGAAGUAGCUAUCUGCUGCCUUGUUGUCUACCUUGGAGAGACAGAAGAGGACCUUUUCAAGGAGUUUGCUAACACACAAGAGUUUGAGGAAGACAUUGAAAGGCAAGUGAUGACAAUUGCCAUCAUCGGUGAUCAACCUACUUCAGGAUGUAACCACAAGACGGCAACCAUUGUGGUUGAGGGCAUCAAAAUCCUGAAUGGAAUGGAUAUCUCAAGGUGCUGUGCUCUGCUGAUGGGCAUAAUAUAUGCUCUGAAUCUGAGUUACCCCAAGGAACUUAAAUAUACCUGUGAAGUGUUUCAGAAGUUGUUUCUUGAACUUGAUGGACUGAAACCCAGUGCAAAAGUAAUGCGUCUGAAGAACAGUAUUUUCUGAAA